AUGAUGCACAGAGUUAUCAAUAAGGCCUAUAUGAAAAAGUUUAAACCACUAAUCGAGGAAGGAGUGGUGAACAUGAGCAACACGAGCUCUCCACAUAACUCUGCAAACAAGUCCUGCGAGAGCUACACCCUGUUAUGGAUCGAUCAAAAUUUGAAGCCAAGGAGUACAGUGAACUUUGUGGAAGGCUGCGUUACCGUGGCUGCUUUGUUUCUGCUGAUCCUUUUGGUCCUGGGUCCCUGGCGCUGCCGUUCCCGCAGCGUGGUCGUCCAGUAUUCAGUCAUGGCAGCUCACGUGCUGUCGUUCUCGCUCCUCUCGUACUCGAUGGGUCUGAUGAAGGGUGCCAUCAAGAACGAGCGGUACCCGGUGUGGGCUCUUUUUCUUGUGCUCGUCUUCGCAGGCGCCAACUCCGUGUCUGUCCUAAAGCUCGAUGAGAACAAGCAGGUGCUCAAGCUUCUGAUGGAGAGCUCCCAGUACCUGGUCUACGCCGGCACAAUCUGGAACAGCAUUGCUACCAUCCGAUUCCUACAUCCCUGUUCACUGAUCCUUAAACUACUGAUCAAUGUUCUGCUGCCCUUAAGGAACUGCGAAAUGCUUUGGGCGCGACAGUUAGCCAGUGAUCCAUGGUGGAAUGGUAGCCGGGCGGUCGACCUCAACAUGAAGUACUACGAGUUGGCGCUGAGCCCGUGCUACAACCCCCGUAGCAUGGAGGGCUACAGCUACUUGGUUUUUCCCCUCAGAGUGGACCUGGCAGCCAGACCCAGCCAAGACGAUAUCCAGAGGGCACGGAGCGAGCUCGUCACCUUGGAGAAGAUCUGGUGCCAUGGCGACGGCGUCCUGCAGUCCAUGGACAGCCACCCGGCAAUCCACCACUUGAAGGACGUGUGCCUCUCCUUCGCGCUGUUCCGCCUCGCGGUGCGGCGGUACCAUGGCUACCCUUGCCCUGAAUCUGGGCUUGACAAGGCUCGUGAUCUUGUCCUCCAGGGGCUUCUGCAUGAAGGCUCCUGCGACAGAGCGUUCCGGGUGAUUGAAAUUGAGCUAGCUUUUCUCUACGAGUUCUUCUUCACCAAGUAUGCGAUCAUCGUGACGUGCCUUGGGGCGAUAAUGUCCAUUGCUUUUUCAGUUGCUACCAUCACCAUCAUUGUAUCCCUCGGGAUCUAUUUCCUCACUCAUCUGAAAGGAGGUGGAGACUCCUUGACACCUGGAUUUGUGCAGUUGGAGACUCGAGACAUCAUACUCACCAAACUGAUGUUGUGGUCUCUUGGAGUUUUUCAACUGCUGAAAAAUACUAAUAUGGUGGUCUCUAAUUGGGCACAAGUGUAUCUUCUUUGUAGGUACAUCACAAGGCCUUCAUGGCAAGGGAAUAAAUACAUUGAUCGGCUUCUUCUGUUUGUGGGCAAGUUGUCGAUUUUUCUUGAGCAACACAAAUUGUUUGGCCCCUGGGGGAAUAGGAUGGGGCAGUACUCAUUCAUGGACUCUUUCAACCACCCUAGUCAUGGGUUGGAGAAAUUUAAAGAGUGGAUCAUCACCAUGUUCCAGGGAGGCAGAAAAGAAGGAACAUCCAUACCGGUGCCGGCCGAGGUGAAGAAAGCUGUAGCAUGGACUCUCAAGGACUCAAAUGGCCUUAUUUCAAAUGGAUCAAGGGCGCUGGGGAGAUGCGUCAUGACUGAGUUGUACUCGUCAUGCCAAACAAACAACGAAAUCACUCUAGCUCAUGUUAUAAUGAUCUGGCACAUUGCCACCUGGCACUUUGAGAUUUCAGAAUCCAUCAGAGAAGACACAGUGCAAGAAACCAACCGGCUUGUUGCCACCAGCUUGUCCAAGUAUUGUGCAUACUUGGUCGCUUUUGCCCCUGAGUUGGUUCCUGGCAGUCCAAUACAGACACAGUCCAUGCUCGAUGAACUGGUAGCUGAUGCGAGAAAAGCUUUGAGGGGAGCAUCAGACAUGUACAAAAGGUUAUAG